AUGUCGUCCGUGAAGGUGGCGGUCCGUGUGCGACCCUUCAACUCCCGGGAAAUCGCCCGGGAGUCAAAAUGUAUCAUCGAAAUGGCCGGCAACACGACUUGCAUCACAAACCCGAAAGUUCCGCCCGGUUCGAGCGAAUCGGUCAAACGUUUCAACUAUGAUUACUCCUACUGGUCACACGAUCCUCGCGAUCUGGAAUUCUCCACUCAAGCCAUGGUGUACUCCGACAUAGGAGAGGAAAUGUUGCAACACUCGUUCGACGGUUACAACGUUUGCAUCUUCGCAUACGGACAAACGGGUGCCGGCAAAUCGUAUACCAUGAUGGGCAAGCAGGAGGAAAGCCAGGAGGGCGUGAUACCGAUGAUCUGUAAGGAUCUGUUCCGUCGAAUACAGGAGACCGAAAGUGACGAUCUGAAGUACUCGGUGGAGGUGUCGUACAUGGAGAUUUACUGUGAACGCGUCCGUGAUUUGCUGAACCCAAAGAAUAAAGGAAAUCUGAAGGUGCGUGAGCAUCCGCUGCUUGGUCCGUACGUGGAAGAUCUGUCCAAACUGGCUGUCACAUCGUACCAGGACAUUCACGACCUGAUCGACGAGGGCAACAAAGCACGUACUGUGGCCGCCACCAACAUGAACGAAACGAGCUCAAGAUCACACGCUGUGUUUACGAUUUUCUUCACCCAGAAACGUCAGGAUCGCAUGACCAGUCUCGAAACAGAGAAGGUUUCGAAAAUUAGUCUGGUCGAUUUGGCUGGAUCUGAGCGGGCCGAUUCGACGGGCGCUAAGGGCACCCGACUGAAGGAGGGCGCCAACAUUAACAAGAGUCUCACCACUCUGGGCAAGGUCAUAUCGGCGCUGGCUGAAAUUGCAUCAAAGAAUAAAAAAUCAAAGAAAGCAGAUUUCAUUCCCUAUCGUGAUUCGGUUUUGACAUGGUUGCUCAGAGAAAACCUUGGCGGAAACUCAAAAACGGCCAUGAUAGCUGCGAUAUCGCCGGCCGAUAUCAAUUACGAUGAAACACUGAGCACAUUAAGAUAUGCCGAUCGGGCUAAACAGAUCGUCUGCAAAGCGGUCGUCAACGAGGACGCUAAUGCGAAACUUAUUCGCGAACUCAAGGAAGAAAUACAAAAGCUGCGCGAGCUACUCAAAGCCGAAGGCAUCGAGGUGCAGGAAGGACCGGACGGUAAAGUGGUUUGUGAAAAGCGAGAUGCUAAUAAGGACGAAUGCCUCAUCAAAUCGGACAAAAUCGAAUCAGUUGGUGGUGUGGUUAUUACGGAAGAAGGCGAAGAUGGCGAGAAGAAGAUUCAUUCGCCGAACCGCAAUCGCAAGCGUACCGGUUCCAGUACGGAAAUGGCAGUCGAUCAGCUGCAAGCAAGCGAAAAGCUGAUUGCCGAACUGAACGAAACCUGGGAAGAAAAGCUGAAGCGAACCGAACAGAUUCGUGUGCAGCGGGAAGCCGUCUUUGCCGAAAUGGGUGUGGCAGUGAAAGAGGAUGGCAUUACCGUUGGUGUUUUCUCGCCAAAGAAAUCGCCCCAUCUGGUGAAUCUCAACGAGGAUCCCACACUGUCCGAAUGUUUGUUGUAUUACAUUAAGGACGGACUCACUCGUCUCGGUACAUCGGAAGCGAACGUACCGCAGGAUAUUCAACUGUCUGGCUCGCACAUCUUAAAGGAGCACUGCGUGUUUGAAAACAAGGAUGGAGUAGUUACGCUGGUACCACAUAAGGAUGCGUUGGUGUAUGUGAACGGUCGGAAAGUAAUCGAACCGGAGGUUCUACAAACUGGUUCGCGUGUCAUCUUGGGACGCAAUCAUGUGUUUCGGUUCACGCACCCGGAACAGGCACGAGAGAAGCGAGAGAAAAAUAAGGAGGUCGAUGUGUGCGAAACGCCGGGCAAUAGUGGCGAGAUUGCCGAUUGGAACUUUGCCCAGUGCGAACUGCUGGAGAAGCAAGGUAUUGAUUUGAAGGCAGAAAUGGAGAAACGUUUACUGGCGCUAGAGGAACAAUACAAGCGCGAAAAGCGGGCUGCCGACCAAGAGUUUGAAGAGCAACGCAAAACCUACGAGGCAAGAAUCGAUGCACUUCAGAAACAAGUCGAGGAACAGUCAAUGACAAUGUCGAUGUAUAGCAGCUACAGUCCUGAAGAUUUUCAUCAAGAAGAGGACAUAUUUGUUAAUCCACUUUUUGAGUCCUGUUGGACAGCACGCGAAGCAGGUUUGGCCGCAUGGGCCUUCCGCAAAUGGCGUUACCAUCAAUUCACAUCACUGCGAGACGAUCUCUGGGGCAAUGCUAUUUUCCUAAAGGAAGCCAACGCAAUUUCGGUUGAAUUGAAGAAAAAGGUGCAAUUCCAGUUCACGCUACUGACGGACACUCUAUACUCUCCGCUGCCACCGGAAUUGACAGCCGCGCCGACUGUAGGUGCUCUGACAAAUGGUGGUCAGGAAGAUGAAUUUGGUCAGACACCCAUACCAAGAACGACUGUGGCAGUUGAAGUGACCGAUACAAAGAAUGGAGCCACACAUUACUGGAGUUUGGAAAAGUUGCGGUAUCGGCUGGAACUGAUGCGCCAAAUCUAUAACACAUCCGACACAUCUCCGGAGCUGAUGAGCUUUGUGCUCGAGCUGUCCAGUGGUGAGCACACACCGGAACAUUUCGGCACACAGUAUCCAGCGUUCGCACAACCGCCAUUGUCGGUUUUGAAACAACAGCAGGAGCAUCUGGUAGCAGAACAACCUGCAGCAGCUGCACGGUUAUUGGGAGGGUUAGCGCCUAACUGUGAUGGCAGCAAGUGUUUGACUUCACCAACAAAUUCGGUUUCAUCAUCAUCCUCAUCAUCCUGUGGUACGGCAUCACCACCAUCCGUCAUCUUCGACGGUGGUGUCGUUGUAUCCAACAGUAGCAGCAGUUUCGGAAGAGCCGGCACGAGACUUACUCUGGCCAACUUGAUGCCUUCUAGGCAACGUCUCGAACUGAUGCGUGAGAUGUAUCACAACGAAGCAGAGCUGAGUCCAACAUCACCGGAUUAUAAUGUUGAAAGUUUGACAGGCGGUGAUCCAUUCUAUGAUCGAUUCCCUUGGUUCCGGAUGGUCGGAAGAUCAUUCGUGUAUUUGAGCAACUUACUGUACCCGGUUCCACUGGUUCACAAGGUAGCAAUUGUGAAUGAGCGUGGAGAUGUACGUGGCUAUUUGCGCGUUGCCGUACAGCCCGUGAUGGAUGAAGAAAAUGCAGACUUUAGCAAUGGUGUUAAGCAAUCUGCACGCAUCUUGUUCGAUGAGGAGCAAAACGGACAGCAUAAGGUGCCGAAGAUUCGAACCAUUCCGGAUAAGGACGAAAAAUACAUCGAGGGAGGCAAUGAAAUGGGCACUAAGCUGGAGGAAUUGGAGCAGGAAGAUGCGGAUUCCGGACGCGGCGAUUCGAGCGUUGCCUCGGAGCUGCACGAAUCGAACGAUCAGGAACCCGGUGAACAUUUGCAACCCGGUAAAGAGUUCACCUUCCGUGUUACCGUACUGCAGGCCACGGGAAUUGCGGCCGAGUAUGCUGAUAUAUUCUGUCAGUUUAACUUUUUGCAUCGACAUGAGGAAGCGUUCUCGACGGAACCGGUAAAGAAUUCUGGAUCGGGAGCACCGCUCGGAUUCUAUCACGUACAAAAUAUUACAGUUCCGGUAACGAAAUCCUUCAUCGAAUAUCUGAAAACGCAACCGAUAGUUUUCAAGGUGUUUGGCCAUUAUCAGCACCACCCGUUGCACAAGGAUGCCAAGCAAGACUGCCAGAUCACUAGGCCACCUCCAAGGCGUAUGUUGCCUCCGAGCAUUCCGAUCAGUCAACCGGUUCGCAGCCCAAAAUUUGGCCCAUUGCCAUGCCCACCGUCGUCGACAGUUUUGGCCAAGCACGAUGUGCUCGUAUGGUUCGAAAUCUGUGAAUUGGCACCGAACGGUGAAUAUGUACCGGCUGUCGUCGACCACAGCGAUGAUCUACCCUGUCGUGGACUGUUCCUGUUGCAUCAGGGCAUCCAGAGGCGCAUUCGUAUCACGAUCGUACAUGAACCGACACCCGAAGUGAAAUGGAAGGACAUUCGUGAACUGGUUGUCGGACGUAUUCGUAACCAACCGGAGCCGGCCGACGAUGAAGACUCUGAUUCGUGCGUCCUGUCGCUUGGAUUGUUCCCGGGCGAGGUGUUGGAGGUGCCCGGGGAUGAUCGGUCGUUCUUCCGCUUCGAAGCUGCCUGGGAUUCGAGUCUGCACAAUUCGGCAUUGCUCAACCGUGUCACACAGACGGGCGAACAGAUUUAUAUUACGCUAAGCGCAUAUCUGGAGCUUGAUAACUGUGCUCGUCCAGCCAUCAUUACGAAGGAUCUCAGCAUGAUUAUCUACGGUCGUGAUGCUCGCACUGGACCUCGCUCGCUUAAGCAUCUGUUUUCGGGCCAAUACCGCAACCCGGAAGCCAACCGGCUGUCGGGCGUUUAUGAGCUGUCACUGAGAAGAGCUUCUGAAGCAGGUAGUCCAGGUGUCCAACGUCGACAGCGCCGUGUUCUGGAUACGAGCUCUACUUACGUGCGGGGUGAAGAAAACCUGCACGGCUGGCGUCCACGUGGAGAUUCUCUCAUCUUCGACCAUCAGUGGGAAUUGGAAAAGCUUACUCGGUUGGAAGAGGUUGGCCGCGUAAGACAUUUGUUGCUGCUGCGUGAACGACUCGGAAUGGACACGACACCGAACCCAACCACCAAAACCGAAAAGGACGUAUGCAAUCUGGCUCAGCGUGCCAGUGCAUCACCGGUACACAUGGUUAUUCCACCGUCGCCACAAACACCGGUGAAAGAUCAACAGACACCUGCUUUGCCAGAGCGUGAUCUUUCAGUCCGCGAAACCGAGCUGGUGUGGAAGUGUGUGAAGCUAAUUCAAGGUCGCAUUGGUUGCAAGGAACUAGGUGCUGAGGGUAACGGUUCCGGUACGCAAGCGUCUGACGCAUCGCCGGGUGACGAGGGAUGUGCGGAUAUGAAUGCAAGCUACAUUUCGAGCAACUCCAUUGAACUGUGCUCGCCGGAACGGGUAGAUGUACCGAAUGGUUGGGAAGCACCGGCACCGGCGCCUCAAACGCAGGAACUUUCGCUGAGAUUGUAUGUUCCGGAGCUGGAGGAAAUUCGGGUCAGCCCGGUGGUAGCUCGCAAAGGAUACCUUAACGUGCUCGAACAUGGUGGCUCUGGUUGGAAGAAACGAUGGGUCACCGUACGGCGACCAUACGUUUUCAUCUUCCGUUCCGAUAAAGAUCCGGUGGAACGAGCUGUCUUAAACCUGGCCACAGCGCAGGUGGAAUGCAGCGAAGAUCAAGCGGCAAUGGUGAAGGUACCAAACACAUUUAGCGUUGUCACCAAACAUCGAGGAUACUUGCUGCAGACACUCGGUGACAAGGAAGUUCAUGAUUGGUUGUAUGCGAUCAAUCCACUGUUGGCUGGACAAAUUAGGUCCCGACUAGCCAGGAAAAACAUUUCCAGCGUAAACAGCACCAGUAGUGGCGCUGGUGAUCAGCAACAGGGGACGACGGGAGCGUCCGCGCUGGCUGUGGCAGCAGCCCAGGGCAACGGGGGUAGCAGUAGUUCUGGAGGCAAAUGAGAUACAAUAACGAUGGAGUCCGUGCUGGUAUAUUAAACAUCAAGCUACGGUGACUCCUAUCGUCGCAAAAUAUGCGCGAAGAACCAUAACCACCAUUAUUCUGAGGGAUAAUAAUGCUAGUUUGACGUGCUGCAAUCGUCACCACCAAGAAAACCAAAAUCAAACCAAAAUAAUUAGUAGUACUCGUCGUUAAUCUCCGCAUCUACUUAGUUAUGUCGUUAGAUUUCGGUUUCGAGUUCAGAAAAUCAAACCACAAUAAGUAGAAGACAACAUACAGUCUGGCAAAUGAUGGCAAAUGUCACCGACUCCGUACGAAUGAUUUGACAAGCGAGAACGAAAUGAUUGCAUUGCGUGGGUAAUGAUUGAGAGGCAAUUUAGUUUUCUUAAUGUUGCUGUAGCUUUUCUGUUAUGUACUGUUUAGUUACUAGCUUUACUUCUCAACGGUUCUCCUAAGAGGCUGAAUAAGUUUUAAUUUAUCGAAAACGAUACUGCUUUACGCUACGUGUAAGAUAGCAUGUUUUGUACAUAAGAACAAACUAUUUUUAUCCGCUUUAAAAAUAGCAAACGUACGUUUUAUCAUCGUACCCAGUUACGAUUUUUUGCCGCUGAGUUAAGUUAUAGUUCUCAUGUGAUCGAUUUGCGAUUCGUGAACGAUACGCCGUACGGUUAGAUCGCAUUCAGGCAGGAUCUGAUGCUGUUGCCGAUCCAUUUUUUUUAUCCUUCAUUAUUCACAAUUUUUCCUUAGAGAGACUGCAAUAAGGCUUACAAACUAGAACGAUAGACUGGGCAAAAUGAGCAGCUAAGCUGUCACACUAAGCAUGCCCUAAGCAAAUGUGCAUAAAGAGACCACUAAGCUAAGCAGACGCAAACUGGCGGUGGGUCAUUGUUGCUACGUUAAGAACUUUGAUUUACUGUGCUUUUUGUGACACUUUUGUGGCAUUGUUACUGGUGCUUUUUUUCUUUGCCAGAUCGCUUGUGAUGAUUGGCGACCAGGAAAUGUGAUUUGCGGGCCAAGAUCAAUUGGACAAAUGCAUGACGACGCAUUAUGCGAAAGAGGAUUCAUGUGGAUUAGUGUGUACCAAUCUGUUGGCUAAAUCCAUUAAACAAUGAACAUGAUAUUAAUCAAUAGAGUAAUUAAUGUUUAAAGCAAAAUGAAGCACAGAAAAAGAAAAUAUGUUAGAUUACAUCAAUGUGGAAAUGAUGCCGCUAUAUAUAAUGGUUGUUGAGGAUAAUAACAGCAUCACAUCAAGUAUAAACUGAAAGUGCAAGAAUAUUGAAAUUUCUCCCAACAUUGAGUACAGCAAAAAAGAAACAAGCUGAUCAGGUAUCUAUUAUUUGUGUGACAAGAGAAUCUCUAAAACAAUGAAAAUGUUUAAAUCUCUGUAACAGAUCAUUGUGUCGUGUACAUCUCUCUUCGCGUAAACAAACUGUUCACCGGAAAGAAGGAAUUACUUUGGCGUACGAACAACUAUUUACUAGGCAAACCGGGCAGAAACAAAAAAAAACACGGGAGAACGGUGGUGGAAGAUGAAAACCCAACAAAAUAUAUUCCAUAAACUAAUCGGAACUAACAGUAGUAAAAUACCAAAACACAGCAAAAAAAAAAAACAGUCAGCUCAAAUAUGUUUGCAAGUUGAAUCGAAAACACACUCACUAACAUAGAAUCGAAAGUGGAACGUAAAGUAUUAGUACAUUGACAAGUGAUGAAUUGUUACGAUCGGAUUAUUGAAAUAUAUGCAACAUUUUAUUUUGCUUUCAAGAACCGUUAGCCUUGCUUAGGAAAGAUGCUGAAGAACAUAGCAGGAAAACUGAAACAAAUUAAGGUAUCGAAUAGGCGAUAAUUAAAACGAUUUGCAAAGUGUACUCCUUCUCCAAAAGGUAUGCAAACCGGGAUGGCUACAGAAGACUGUUUUGGCUUGAAGCUAUAAAAAAUGAAUGUUUUAGAAUCAUGCUUUAACCUCUGUGCGUUGACAUGGGCUGGCAAUGUCUUACAGGCAGGGUUGGUCAUACGAAUAAAAUGCGAAAAGCUAAAUCCUGUAUCGAUGCUUUCGAGGGAAAGCAACGAAAGUACAGCUGAACGGGAACGUUGUAUAGAAUUAUGUAAAUAGGCAGCACAUUACUAUGAAGGUAAAGUAAUACUGGAACAUGUUAAGUUGUUCGCUUGAAUGGCCUUAGCUUUACUUUUUGUCUUCAUUUCACUGGACGACACUUUGAAGUUGUUCGAACACAACCGUUUGCUAGUUUGGCUUAUAGGUUUCGGCAAGAAGCUAUGUACAUAUUUGGUAUCGUUCUACACAAUGUGCUGUCGGUUUAACCGAUGCGCUUUCCGAUACAUAUACCGCAAGAGUGCUAAGGCUAUGCUGGAUGGUUCAUCAAUUUCAUCCCAGACAAACAGAAUUGCAAGGGAUAUAAGUUGGUUCGGAGCACUCAAGUCCUUCAACGGAUACCAAAGAUAAGAAGUGUAAGCUAUGAAGUGGGAAGGAAAUUGUUCAUACGGUUCAGGAUGCUUGAUAACAGCAAGAUGUGCAAUUGUAAGGCAGAGAAAAGAGCAUUAGAUGACUCGGUUUAUACAUUAGUUGCAGAGCAUUUUUGUCACUGUGUUACUGUAUCAAUCACAUUAUUCGUGUUUAGUUCCCAUACGGUUGAAAAUGCUUGCAUUAAGUGAUGGUCCAAUGUCACUUUUAUUAUGUAAGCAUAAAAUAAUCGUGAUCUUUGUAAAAGUUUUAAUUAGUAAUUGCAACAUUUUUACCUCGUUCCGUUUAUUCCUUCCGUCGAUUCAAUUUUUUUCCGAAUUCCAAAGCAAAACUAGCUUUUUGGGUUUUACUAGUAUUUGUUACGCAAAAAUUUCAAAUAAUGUCAUCGCUGUUAAACAAAACAACCUGGUACCGUGUGCAAACGUAAAAAAACGCAAAAAAAUCAUAAAACAAAAAUAAAUAAAUAAAUAAAUGUAACCGUUUCUGAUCCAUUUCUGCUUACCGCAAAAAAAGAAAAAAAACAACACCGAUACAUAACAAUUAAUUGUAUAGGAUAUAGUUGACAAAUAAAAAUGAUAAUUACUUGACAAAAAUACCAAACCCAUACCAAAUAGAGCGAAUGCAAAAGAAAAGCAACCCAAAGUAACAUAGCGAAAGUUUCUGUCCUUGCCAGCACACAUACACAAACCAUUCUUCUUCCUUCCUGUGUAAUCUCUAUGCGUAUAUAUUUACAUACAAAUAUAUGUAUUUAGCCAAAAUGCCUAGUGAAGAGAAAAUGCUUACGUUUCCUACACGUUUUACGUUCUUAUGGGCCUGGAGAGAGAGAGAGAGAGAAGAGCGAAAAAAAAACAAACUAAUAAAAAUGGAGAGCAAACGCAAAUGGAUUUAUUGUUGUUCCCCCAGCGCGCAUCCGCCAUAUACGA